GAGAAAAUGGUCCAUCAUAUUUAACCCAGGCUUUGAAUGCUAAUUACUAGCGUCAAAUCCGGAUGGUACAGCAGUGGAAGCUUUUGGAAGCCACACACACACACAGGGGCAGCUGGCAUCGCCGACAGACUAGUCGUUUAUUUGCUUGUUGUAGCGCAAGUAAUUUUGUUUCUUCUAACAUCGUCUAGGUAUUAUACAUUAUCUGUGACUCCAGACUCCAGACUCCAGAGCCACCACACAAACGCAUGGCUGGAUCACUCUCGUACUUUUCUCUCUGUUCUUUUGGCUUUGCUGCAGCACAAACAAUUUUGUCCGCAGUAUGUACGGUGCAUUUAUGACUGAAGAGCUGUUUGAGUUUUAGGCUUUUUAGGUUGGGAAAGGAGGCUCUUUUGCUCCCAAUCCGCAUUCUCUGGAGUAAGAGACGGGGAAUGGUGCUGACUGACUGCCUGUGUUUUAGACCCAUCUGAAGGGGAUAACUUGUGAGUGAUCGGAUGGGUUGAGCUUGCUUUUGAUCCUGGCAUUUCGGAUGAUUUUAGUCAAGAUUGCCGGACCACCAUUGCGGGCAAGGGAGAAAAUCGUUUUCUUGCAGAUUCGGCUUGUGGUCUAAGUGGGUUAGUGAUUUCAGCUGACAUCCUUGGUACCAAUUUGUUUGUUUUUGUGAUUAUGGUGGGUAUUUUGGUCAUACACGGCUGUCCAUUAUUAAGAUUUUCUCUGAGGGAUUUGAAGUUAGAGUUAUAGGUUUUUGUUGCCUUUCUGGGGUUUUGGGUGUUUUUGGUGAUGAAGAAAAAGCAGAAGGAUCUUGUUUGGGCGCAGAUGGCAGUUAAUUCGAGUAGGAAAGGUCAUUCGUUUCCAGAGCAGCAAAGUGUUGGGGGAUUGCUGAGGAAGGUGUUUGGAUCUCUAAUUGCUUUGAUCUGUGUAUGUUACUUCAUAUAUGCCUUGAAUCUUUUGUUUAGUAAUAAUUAUGCAUGCUGGCAUCCUAUCAUCAGUACUACUAGUAGUAGCGGCAGCAGCAGCACUACCGAGCCUCUGGCAUUGCGAAGUCUGAAUGCUACGAAGAAUGUGAAUGAUAGUAACGGUGAUAAUAAGAACAUAGGCCACUCUUCUCACAGGAAGGCAAUUCAGGUGAUUUCUGCCAAACCUGCAAGAAGAGAAUCCAGUAACGGGACAGAUUUAAAGCACAUAGUCUUUGGCAUUGCAUCCACUGCAAGGUUCUGGGAUAUUAGAAAGGAGUAUAUAAAGCUGUGGUGGAGGCCUAAGGAGAUGCGGGGUUUUGUUUGGGUAGAGAAGCCCGUCAAGGGAAAGGAUUCUUCCCUACCUCCAUUGAAAAUAUCUGGAAACACUUCACAUUUUAAAUACACAAACAAGCAGGGCCACAGAUCUGCCAUUAGGAUAUCUCGCAUUGUGUCUGAGACAUUCAGGAUGGGUUUUCCUGAUGCGCAUUGGUUUGUCAUGGGGGACGAUGAUACAGUCUUUAUUGCCGAUAACCUGGUCAGGGUUCUUUCUAAAUAUGACCACCGCAAGUUUUAUUACAUUGGAAGCUUAUCAGAAUCCCAUCUACAGAAUAUCUUUUUUUCAUAUAGCAUGGCUUAUGGAGGAGGUGGAUUUGCCAUUAGUUAUCCGCUAGCCAAGGCAUUGGAAUCUAUGCAAGAUCAGUGUAUUCAAAGGUACCCUGGACUGUAUGGAAGUGAUGAUAGAAUGCAAGCCUGUAUGUCUGAGCUGGGCGUGCCGCUCACCAAGGAGCCUGGAUUUCAUCAGUAUGAUGUAUAUGGAAAUCUGUUUGGAUUACUUGCAGCCCAUCCUGUAUCUCCCUUGGUAUCAGUACAUCAUUUGGAUGUUGUGGAACCAAUUUUCCCCAACAUGACCAGGUUAAGGGCAUUGCAGCAUCUAAACAAAGCUGUAAAAAUAGACUCAGCAGGACUGAUGCAACAGUCUAUUUGUUAUGAUAAGGAACGAGAAUGGUCUUUCUCAAUCUCAUGGGGUUAUGCAGUACAGAUUUUCAGAACCAUUUUUUCCCCUCGUGAACUGGAGAUGCCAUCCAGGACAUUCUUGAAUUGGUACAGAAGAGCAGACUUCACAGCUUAUGCCUUCAAUACAAGGCCAGUUACCAGACAUCCAUGCCAGAAACCUUUCAUAUUUUACAUGAAGGAUGUACGUUAUGAUGAAGCUAGUGGGCAAACCAUUAGCAACUAUGUAAGACAGAAAGUGAUACCCCCAGAAUGCCGAUGGAGAAUACCUUCCCCAGAGUUUGUAGAUUCCAUUAGGGUAAUGAAGAAACCUGAUACACUAUUAUGGCAGUCACCAAGGCGAAAUUGCUGCAGAUUGAUGUCAUCAAAGAAGUCGACCCUUGAAUUUGAAGUGGGUGCUUGUCAGGAAGGCGAGAUCAUAGGUGUAUCAUAGGGAAGCAGUUUCAACUAGAUGCCAACAUUUUUUUAAAGCCUAAUGGGCACACUUGAGGAGUAGAGCAGUCCAGUUCUUAGAAUAAAGAAGUCCAGGUCAUGCCAUGCCUCUGGUGUAUUUUGUAUUGAAACAAUUCAUCUUGCUAUAAGCUUUCAUUGAAUUGCUGAGAUGAAUUUGCUAUGGUCUGUAUAUAUUAUUAUCCAACUAGACAGACCAUUCAUAUUAGUGCUCCUAGAUGCAAUACUGGAGGAAUCAUCUUGAUCAUGAAGAGGUCGGGUGGCACUUCAGAAAUCCAAACUACUAGUUUGAAUAGUAGUAUUUGUCCCAAUUAUUCACUUUGAUUAAAUUGUCUCUUGCUAGUUUUUGCAUUUA